CUUUGCUUCCGCCACCGUGAUCUUCAGCUCACGGACCUCCGUUUGUUCUGCAAGUGUGAAGGGCAGCUCCAGUAUUUUGCAUUUUGCUAAGGCGAACAAAUUACACAGUCGAGACUCGCUGUCCGCGCGUAAGGACCAUCCAUCUAGCAAACAGAAUUGGAAUACCCUCGGGUGUACUGCACCAUGUCACAAAAUCAGGAGGCACAACAAGCGACACCGUUCUCACAUAUCCCUACACCAGGCACCCUGCACGGCAACCCGUACUUGCCGCCUCAGGAUGGCCGCUGCCUGAUUAAUGAACUACCGACGGAACUGCUCUCCCAGAUAUUCCUCAUGGGUGCAGACAUGGACCCAGCCGAUGAGGAUGAAGAGGAGGACUUUGACAGUGUGGGCGAUGACGAAGACGAUGAAGACGAGGCGAACGAGGCGGACAAGGACGAGGAGGAAGACGAGGACGAGGAGAAGCCACCGCUCGAGGUGACCGCCUCUCACGUAUGUAAACUCUGGCGCGACGUCACGAUCGACACGCCCGCGCUCUGGAGUACGCUCACCUUCGCCGAGGGCCCUCCGUACACAAAAUCUGCGAUUUAUCUCGAGCGAUCGAAGGGCGCGCCUUUGGACCUCUCGAUCGACGUCACCAAAGACGACGACGAUGAGGAGACCGACCUCAACAACCCCGUUCCGGCGCUCGCUGAACUCAUGGUCUGCUCGGACGAGCUGGAGGCGAUUCUGCAGCUGAUUAUCCCGCACGUCUGGCACUGGCGCUCGCUCGAGCUCAUGGUCUCGGAGUACAUCCUCAUGCAGUCUGCGCUCGAUCAAAUGGGCGCGUGCACUAGCGCACCAAUGCUAGAGGUGCUGCAUCUCUACCACUACGAGGACAGCGAGGAGGGCGAGGAGACCUUCGUCCCGGCGAAAUUCAAGGCCCAGGACUUCGUGUUGUUCCACGGGAACGCGCCAAAACUCACGCACGUCGCGUUGUGGGGCGUCCACCUCGACUGGGCCGCAUCCACCUUCCUCAGUGGCCUCGUCGAGCUCGAGCUCGCGUACCACGCGAAAGACGUCCGGCCACCAUUCAAGGACUUUGCGCGCAUCCUGGGCGACUCGCCCGAGAUCAAGACCCUCACGCUAUGCCAGUCCGGUCCCGCAGGCGGGCCAGUCGAGUGGCUCGAUAGCGUGCUGGAUCCGGACGCGAUGCAGACUUCCGAAACAAACGAGCCCGAAGCAAACACGACGCUCUCGCUGCCCUCCCUGCAGAACCUCGUCAUCGCCUUCCUCGACCCCGAAUACCUAAAGCAACUCAUCGCGCGCCUCGCACUCCCCAAUCUCACCUCGCUCGCUAUCGACAUCGAGGAUGCCGACGGCCGCGCGCUCCUGCAGACCCUCACCCGGGCGGCGCCUGCGACAGGCAAGUCCAUCCUUAGCGGGCUGAAGGCGCUCAAGGUCGCGGGCGUGCAGUGCGACGAGGACAGCGUGGUCGCAGACGCGUACGCGGCGCUGACGAACCUGCUCUCGCUCAAUUUGAACUUUGAUUUCGUACCAACGCGGUGGUACGACGUGCUCGUCGCACAGUGGGACAGCGCCACGAGCUUGGGGAAGGACCCAUUCCUGCCGAGGCUGGAGUCGCUCAUGACGACGGGCCUGUCGGGGAAGGACGUACGAAAGCUCAUAGAGGCGCGGAAGGCCAUGGGGAAGCCGAUCAAACAGGUGUUCAUGAACCAGGACGAUGACCUCGAGGAGGAAGACGAGCAGUGGAUUAAAGAUAACGUGGAUGAGUUUGAGUAUUUCGAGGGCUCGGAUGACGAGGAGGAUCUAGAGAUUGUAAUCGACGAGGAUGAGGAUCAAUGGGAAGACGAGCGUAACAGAGCCGCGAAGGCAGACACCACAGCAGUACCAUAUGGAUCGACUAAUUGGAGCUGGACCAUGACUUACUAUCCCAACGUCGCGAUGGAAUCUAAACAGACUUCACUGUCAACUAAGCUAUACAGUACAUAAGGUAGGGUGUGUACUCCAGAAUACAACAUUGUCCACGAGUUAUGCAAACUAGGAAAGCCGGAAAGAGUAGGCAUGAACACAAUCUACGUCGAUACGAUCAUAGCUGGGGUGAGCGAGCCAUCAUGCCCCUUUGCGG